GCUAGCCCAAGCGUCUACCUUUUACCGUGCAGUGUACUCAGAGUCAAUCCAAAUGCUAGAAAUCACGAGGGGUGUGUAGGGGGAGAAAAAGGGUGUGCAGAAAUCACUUUCCAAUUCCAACCCCAAAUUAAAGGACAAACUUCUCGUCUGGAGUAAAGGCCGGAUUCAAAGAGGCCAGGCACACACCUUUUAGUUUUUAACUGCUUCAACUUUUGCUUCCUCUUGUAAAAGUUUGAUUCAAUUUCCCAUUGAAACUAGGAAAACACCAGCACUAUGCAUGAGAACAUGUUUGAAGUUCUGAAUAUUAUUUCAUGGGAUGAACCUGUAUUGUGAUGUUCUAACACUACACUAGCACCUAAUGUGAAAGCCACUCUGGAAGUUGUUAACUACAAGUGGGUUUGCAUUAUCUAUAACAUUUGGUUACAUAGAGGAAGUUGGAUGGGAGAAUUUAGCGAGGUUUAGUGGAGAUCUAACAUCUCUCAGCUUUCGGAUAAUAGAUGGCAAGGGCAGAGUGCAUGUUAUGGAAAUUCAGUUGGAUAAAACACAUCCCAAAUGUCCUCCUUCAAUUUCAGCAGAUGUGCCAUAUUUGUUUAAUUUAAAAUGGUCAUCAAACUCAAGAUUGAAAGAUGUGGUGCGGCAGUUUAAAAAGCAUCUGGAGAACCUUCAGGCUUUUUGGUCUACUUUGGAUGAUAUCGACAGGUCGCUUUGGGUUGUUGAUCCUAAACAAGCAUCUCCUGCUGUGUCAUAUCGCCAAAUUAUUAUAGGAAAUGAUUGCUGCAUCACGUUGUUCAUUAAUUCCGUUGAUCCUAGAUCAUUACCAGAUUGUGUUAGAUGUCGUUUUAUUGGUUCAGGUCCAUUUGUGAAUACGUUGAGAAACAGAUGGCGAAGAAAUAGCAAAAGAUGGUUAAAAGACAAACCAUUUCUGGAAAAUCUUGAAUGUCUUCUGGAGACUCAACUGCCAAUGCCCCCUGAUGUCAAGAAGAAUGACCAGCAAGUUGAAUGUGGAAUUUGUUAUGCUCAGAGUCUUCCAAUUGAUGACGAGCUCAGAGAUAAGAAUGGAACCGGGACUGACUGUACAUGUGAUAAUACCAGCUGCAACAAGGCUUUCCACAGCAUAUGUCUUGUGGACUGGUUGCGUUCUAUCACCACAACACGGCAGUCAUUUGAUGUGUUAUUUGGAAGCUGUCCAUACUGUUCAGAACCAGUUGCGGUGAAAAUCAACAGCUUCAAGAGGUAAUCUACGUCUUCGAGUCCUCCUAAUCAAAGAUCUGUUAAUGUUCUCAUUUCCCUGGAGUGUUCUUCUGCGAUGAAGUUCUUACUGGAAGAGCACAUACUCUUGGAUUUAUGUUUAUGGUAAAUUUUUUUAGCAGUGUGGAAAUGUGAGUGCUAAAACACGGAAUGCUGUAUUGUAACUUUGUAACCAACAUCCGAAUACGUUUGACUCACAUCAUUUCUAGUACUACCCUUAUCCCACCAGAGCUCAACAAUCAAAUCAUUUGUACUACCUAUCAAUUGGCAUGUUCACUUGAUAA